AUGUCGAGAACAGUUUCAGCUGCGGCACAGCCGGGCCAGUCUUCAUUCGUUCCCUCACGCGUUCUCGAGGAAGCCGUGUCGCGCUUCAAUUAUCCGGCUCAAUUUGCCGGCCCGCCUCGAAUCCUCACCUUCCAGCCGUUGGAAAUCCUCUUGCCCUUUCAACCUGCGAACGACAACACCCCAGAUACCACGGACCCACAUAUCUUAACAGAUCUAAGUGACUAA